UAUUAUGUGAUGUAAACAUGGAGAUGGUUCUUCAAAAUUCCACUGAUUUCAUCCUCUUGGGCCUCAUCACACAUCCCACAUUCCCUGGAUUUAUCUUUGCAGUGGUUUUCUCCAUCUUUCUUGUGGCUGUAACAGCCAACAUGGUCAUGAUUCUGCUCAUUCAUACAGACUCCCACCUCCACAUGCCCAUGUACUUCCUGCUUAGCCAACUGUCCAUCAUGGACACUGUCUACAUCUGCAUCACUGUCCCCAAGAUGUUGCAAGACCUCUUGUCCAAGGAAAAGACCAUCUCCUUCCUGGGCUGUGCACUUCAGAUCUUCCUCUACCUGACCCUGAUUGGAGGGGAAUUCUUCUUGCUGGGCCUCAUGGCCUAUGACAGGUAUGUGGCUGUGUGCAACCCUCUUCGAUAUCCUCUCCUCAUGAACCGUAGGAUUUGCUUGUUUAUGGUGGUGGGUUCCUGGGUUGGUGGCUCCCUGGAUGGGUUCAUGCUGACUCCCUUUACCAUGAGCUUCCCUUACUGUGGAUCCCGAGAGAUCAAUCACUUUUUCUGUGAGAUCCCAGCAGUACUGAGGCUGUCCUGUAUUGACACAUCACUCUACCAGACCCUGAUGUAUGCCUGCUGCGUGCUGAUGCUGCUCAUCCCUAUAUCCAUCAUCUCUGUUUCCUACACACGCAUCCUGCUCACAGUGCAUCGGAUGAACUCUGCUGAGGGCCGGCGCAAAGCAUUUGCUACCUGUUCAUCCCAUAUUAUGGUGGUGAUCAUUUUCUAUGGGGCAGCCUUCUACACCAAUGUGCUGCCCCAAUCAUAUCACACACCAGAGAAAGACAAGAUUGUAUCCGCCUUUUACACCAUCCUCACACCAAUGCUCAACCCACUCAUCUACAGCUUGAGAAAUAAAGAUGUGGCUACAGCUCUAAGGAGAAUACAGGAGAGAUGUACAUACUCCCAGAAAGUCAGAGCAGGGGAUGUGUCCAAGAAAUAG